AGAGAGAGAAGAAAUAACCAGUGGUUGUUAAUGCGGUCUAGAGUAGUCCUGUAAUAUAUUGCAAUCCCACUAUCCCGCCAAAAGUGUAAUUUUACUAUGAUUAAAAAUUAAUAUCGUAAAAUCAAAUAUGUUUUCCUUACGAAGUAUAUUGGUUUAAACUUUAAUACCGUUAAAGUUCUUUUGCAUAAACAUUUUCAGUAAACACAUAAUGGAAAUUGAUAAAGUUGAAACAUUUCUUCAUCGGUUAGAAGACAUUCUGAAGUGCACGCAAUGUGGAAAUCAGAAUAAAGUUCUAGGUCGAUUAAAAAAGUGUGGGCAUUAUUUUUGUAAGACGUGUAUAAAUAAAAUUGAUCAAGGUUGUCCAAAAUGUAAAGCGUUUGUUGAAGAUAGUGAAAUAGACUGGCACAAUUUUUUCGUUCAAACGGAAGACUUAAUUUCUAAAGUAUACAAUUCUUUAUUAGUUGCAUCGCAAAGAAACGAAGUGAAUAGGAUAAAUACUAUUUUUUACCAAAACAAAACAUAUCAACUUAAUUUUAUAGCGGAGCAAAAAAUAAAUACCAAAGGCGAGACUGCUCUACACGUUGCUUGCAGACGAAAAAAGAUAAAAGAGGUGAAUAAUUUAAUAACACAUGUGGAUAUUAAUGCACAAGAUUUUGCGGGUUGGGUUCCCAUGCAUGAAGCUGUAGAAAGUGAAGAUUACGAAAUUGUAGAAUUAUUAUUAAAAAAUGGUGCUCUAACAGAUACUCCAGGACAAGAUUACAAAACACCCUUGCAUAAGGCAGUUAUUUGUCAGAAUUCACAAAUUGUAAAAUUAUUAUUACAAUAUGGUGCUAACAGAGAUUCCAUAGAUUACUUUGGAAAAACACCAUUAGAUUAUGCUCAAUGCACUGAAGAAAUCAAAUCAAUAUUUGAUGAAGAAAUUGAAAUAAUAAAUAUAAUGCCACAAUUAUUUUGUUGUAAGAAAAUGGUAGCUCACUGCUACUACAUAGAUCCUAGUUAUGAAGCAAAAUUGAAACAAAGCAAAAUAAAAAUUGAAGAAAACUAUAAUGCAAAAAAAGUUACACAUUUUAUUAUAAGAAGAACACAUAAAAUAUCUAUUAAAAUUCUUACGGCAAUGUUAGAAGGUUCCACAAUAGUACCCCAGGAGUAUAUAGAUAAUUUUUUAAAACAAGAUUUUUUUAUUUCAAUACCAGACUAUACGUUUAUCAAUAUACCUCUCUUAAAUACUGGUAUACAAAAAUCAUUGAUGAACAAUUUACUUAGGUUACCAAAAUUAUUUGAUGGCAUCAGUUUUUAUAUAACUAAUCACACAACGCAUGUUUUAAUAUAUGAUAUUAAAGUUAAAAAACAUAAUUUGCAAAAUGUAAUCGCUGCUGGUGAUGGUGUUCUUUUACACCGAGCUCCAACUCCAACUACUUGCGAGAUCAAAAUUAAUUUUCCAUUCCAUGCCAGUAAAACUAAUGCUAAAUGUUGUAAUUAUAUAAUAUAUGAAGAGCAGAAACCACCUUUAUUGAUGUAUAAUAUGGCAGAAUUGAAGCAUAAAUCUUCAAAGUGGCUUCUUGAUUGUGCCUUGAAUUUCACCAUUUUUGAUUGA